AUGGCGGCGGCGAGCAAACCCUUUCGCUUCCUUGACCUCCCACCUGAGUUGAGAGAUGCUAUCCUCUCUCACCUCCUCGUCUCAGACUUCCCCAUCAUACUUCAUAACACAACUCUCUUCGCCCCAUCGACAUCGGUCUCGGGUUCGGGUUCCGCAUAUUUCCUAGACGUAUUCCUCGUCAAUAUGCAGAUGUACCAAGAAGCAUCUGCCAUCUUCUACUCUCAAAACCGCUUUACCUUGAACGCGCAGAGUCACCGGCUACCCGUACAUCUUACUAGCCGGGGAGGAUUUCUCAGCGAAGAGGGACAGGAUGCCCGGAGACGAGUGCGCAGCUUGACCCUUCACCUCACGAGGGUAGGUGGGGAGUUUGAGCGUGUCCUAGGGCCUGCUCUCUCUGAUAUGGUUCUUAGCGGAAGCUUGCGAGAGCUUAGGCUACGUAUGGGACCACCGAGUUGGCGCGGUCCUAAUAGGAUUCCCGACCCCGAUAUGGUACAACGGCCCCCUUUUCAAGCAUUACUGAGGCUCUUGGCCGACCCAUACUUGGAAAAAGUCGAGUUAUUAGCCUGGAAGGUUCAUCUCACCGUCUUCUGCCCGUUUCACCGGAAGACAAGUUCAUCGAUCAAGGCGGAUAUCAGAAUGGAUAUCAAAUCAGACGCUGAAUCGAUCGAUGAUCAAGGCCUAGCCAUUCUGAGGAAUGGUCCUGAUUGGGUUUCACUAAAUUGGAGAGCUAUGGUCGAGAUGUAUGGUGUCGGUCAGAAGAUCAUGAGAGUUGCACCAGUCAGAGCGCGAUCGCGCGCAUCGAGCAGGGCAGCCAGAACCUAUUCCGUGGAGCUGCUCGCGCGGAUCAACUCCGCGCUGAAAGCCGACCUGCUGGCGAUCGGCUCGAGCUCACGAGCCUCGCACCUGCGGGUCACCGGCGGCCGGCAGCUCUCGGGCACGAUCACGGUCAAGUCCUCGAAGAACGGCGCCGUCGCGCUGCUGUGCGCCUCGAUGCUCAACCGGGGCCGCACCCGCCUGCGCAACGUGGCGCGCAUCGUCGAGGUCGACCGGAUCGUCGACGUGCUGCGCUCGAUCGGCGUGGAGGCGACGUGGUCGGGGGACGGGCGGGACCUCGACAUCAUCCCGCCCGCGAAGCUCGACCUCGCCUCGAUCGACUCGGACGCUGCGCGCCGCACGCGCAGCAUCAUCAUGUUCUUCGGUCCGCUGCUCGGGCAGGAGCCCGCCUUCGAGCUGCCGUACGCCGGCGGCUGCGACCUGGGCACCCGCACCGUGGAGCCGCACAUGAUCGCGCUCCGGCCCUUCGGCCUGGACGUGACGGUCACCGCCGAGCGCUACCACGCCACCGUGUCCCCCGACGUGCCGGACGACCUCAAGGUGGUGCUGACCGAGCGCGGCGACACCGUCACGGAGAACGCGAUCAUGGCGGCCGCCGGGCGCCGGGGGACCACGACGAUCCGCAACGCCAGCCCGAACUACAUGGUCCAGGACCUGUGCUUCUACCUGGAGCGGCUCGGCGUGCGGAUCGACGGGGUCGGCACCACGACGCUGGUGGUGCACGGCGUGGACGACAUCGACGUGGAUGUGGACUACGCGCCGUCGGAGGACCCGGUGGAGGCGAUGAGCCUGCUGACGGCAGGGAUCGUCACGGACUCCGAGAUCACCGUGGCGCGGGUGCCGAUCGAGUUCAUGGAGAUCGAGCUCGCCACGCUCGCGGAGAUGGGCCUGCGUUACACCACCUCGCCCGAGUACACCGCCGAGAACGGGCGUACGCGCCUCGUCGACAUCACGGUGCACCCCAGCGAGCUGCACGCGCCUCUUGACAAGAUCCACCCGAUGCCGUUCCCCGGCCUCAACAUCGACAACCUGCCGUUCUUCGCGGCGAUCGCGGCCUGCGCUCGCGGCAAGACGCUCAUACACGACUGGGUCUACGACCACCGCGCGAUCCACCUUACGGACCUCACCCGGCUGGGCGCGGACGUGCGGCUGCUCGACGCGCACCGGCUCGACAUCUCGGGCCCCACCCGGUGGUCGGGCGCCGAGGUGAGCUGCCCGCCCGCGCUGCGGCCCGCCGUCGUCAUCCUGCUGGCGAUGCUCGCGGCGAAGGGCACGUCGGUGCUGCGCGGGGUGGACAUCAUCGCUCGCGGCUACGAGCAGCUCCAGGAGCGGCUCAUCGAGCUGGGCGCGCAGAUCGAGACGUUCCGCGACUGAGCGCCCAGCUCAAGCGGCAGCUCGAGGGUGAGCGUGCCGUCGGCGACCGCGGUGAGCGUCCACGUUCUUUUACCCUAUGCUUACCUACAUAGUAUGUACACUAGCUGCGUUGCCCGUCCGCAUCGCACAUCAACGUACCUUACCGAUAUCAUUUCUUGAUAUCCUUAGCGGAUGGCAAACAUCAAAGAUGCCCAUGCCUUCCAAUGAUUAGUAGUAUUAUUGAC